AUCCUAUGCACGACAAAGUCAGGUUGAAUGCGGUUGUGGAAACAGCUCGUGCUUUGUUAUUGGGUUAUCACAGAUUAAGUGACGUGCGGCGGUCUCAACUGAAACCGUGACUGACUAGUUGGUGCCUAUUGUUGCCGUCGUAUUGUUGGUCUACCAAGUCGUGAAGGCAGCAUUCUUAACCUUGUAGCCUGCUCGUCCCCUCCUGUCUAGACCUAUGCUAUAGCGAGGCUUCUAAGUAUUGAACGUUAACACUGUAACAAUGAAAUCUUGGGCACUUGUUGUCCUGCUCUGCCUUGGCUAUGGUCUGUUGACUUCCUCCUUGCAGGCGAGACCUAUGUGGAGCAAUCUGAUCCUGACUCACCACUGGCCAAGCACAUUUUGCAGUGUACAACACUGUCAUUCCACAUUUGACUACUGGACUUUGCAUGGACUGUGGCCAAAUUUGGGCCAGGAAUGUAAUUCAUCUUGGCACUUCAAUGAAACUCUCAUCCAGGACCUACUUCCUGAUAUGAAUAAGUCUUGGCCGGAUCUAAAAAAACCAGGAUCCUCUAAAUUCUGGAAGUAUGAAUGGCAAAAACAUGGAACAUGUGCAGCGAAAGCUGAGUCCCUAAACAGCCAACACAAGUACUUUGACAAAGCCCUGGAGCUGUAUCACAAGUUAGACCUUGAUGGAGUUCUGAAGAGUGUAAACAUUGUUCCUUCCGAGACUUACUACAUGUUUGACCACAUCGAAGGAAGCCUUAUCAACCUCUACAAAGUGAAACCAAAGAUUCAGUGUAAUUUUCCAGAGGGAGAGAAUUUCCAAAUCUUGGGCCAGAUCGAGAUCUGCUUCAAUUCCGAUUUUCAACUGGACGACUGUGUGCAUGAUGAGACCGACACCGUCACCCUCACUGAUUUCCUGAAUGUCAAGGGUACAGGAUUUAGAGUGUGUGACCAUUCCAAACCAGUCUAUUACCCUCCCCUGAAGGGAAAGCCAUCAAUGUAGUAGCUAAGGAUUAGUUUUUACCCUUUAUAAUCAGUGUCAGUAUCUCACAUUGAACAUAACCUGAAGUUUCCUUUGUGAGCACUCAUACGCACAUAUACACUAACAGUUUUUACUUUCGCUUCUUUUUUUUAACCUUUUAUUUCUAAUUUGUUUACUGGUAUUCACAAUUGAAAUUGCACCUCUUUUUUUUUUUUUUUUUUUUAACUGGGCAGUCAUUUUGUUACAAAGGGAAUAAAUAGGCAAAUAAAAUGUAACACUUUAACAGGGUAUUUAACUUGGCACUGUUUGUUACUACUUUAAUUAUUUUUGUCUUCAAAUGUUUUCAUUUUGUAUAAUUUUUUUUGUGUGUUGAGUAUGAAUGUGCACAUGGUGGUGGUAACGUUGGUUUACAUUAGUUAUGUAUUUGCCAUAUUUUUGAGUUUUCCAAUGUGAAGAUUAAUGUGGGUAUGAUGAUCAGGAUUUCGCCAAGUGUAAUUAUUUUAUCUGUAAAGAGAUGCAAUUUCUGCUUCCAUGUUUGUUUUAUUUCAUUCUAAUUGUGGGAUAAAGUUUGGUUUGUAAAUGGUGAUGCAUAAAUCAUUAAAGUAAUUAUUCUAUUGC